UAGAAAUUUAUUUCAAUUAUUAUUAAAACAUUCGAUACGAAAGUCUAUUGACUAUUGAAUUGUUUUUUUGUUGUCCACUAUUGUUGUUGUGUUGUUGUUGUUGUAGCCGACGGUAAACACCGAAGACCGACAAACACUUAUAGACACCGAUAUGAAUGAUAGCAACCACUUGUCGUCUACACAACAUUUGGCUGAUUCUAUGGACACCAUUACACCGAUCGGCGACAUUGACGGCGGCAAUAAUGACUGUCAACUGCCAGAGGAUGAGCUGUUGGCCAGAAUGCUGGCCACUCAUCGUAAGCUCAAAGAUUCGAUAGAAACUAUGGCCACACGUGUUCGCCAGUUAAAGUUGCAGGACAUCGACAACCGAACCAAAUUGGCCAACAAAUGGUGCGAAUUAUACAAAAAUUUGUUACACACUUACGGCCAGUGUAUGCAAAACGAAUGCAACCGAUACUUGAAUCACGAAGACAUGGCCUAUAGAUUGCGACCACUCGUCGAACAGUUGACUAUUGCCACCGAUUGGUUUAAACGACAGAAGAAAUACAUAAGACAACAGACAGCGAUUCUCAAACGACGCGUCAAUGAGACCACCGAUGGUGUCGUCGACUUUACCGAUAUUGACAACGAUUUGGAUGUACUGUUUGAUCGUACGGCAGUUCCCGACUUACCUAAUGUCUUGAAGUUUUAUCAAUCGAUUAUCGAUGAAUUUGUUCCAAAAAUAGCUAUUCAGACACAAGAUAUUGUGGUUAAUGUUGUUGAGGAUACUCUUGAAUGCGAAUCAAAUGAUAAUAUGAAUACCAAAACAGUGAUCAAUAUUACUGAUAAUCCAGUCAAUAGUCAUCCGGUUAAUGAUAUUAGUCCCGUCAAGAAUAUUAGUCCAGACAUUAGACUGAUUGACAAUAAUAAACCUAUUGAUUAUAUGAUAGAUACUAAACCAUCGAUGACUAAGACUGAUGAUGACAACAAUAAUAUUGAUGAAAGACAAGAAGUGACUAAUACGAAGACACCAGCCAUCAGGUCAUUACUGACAAUUGUCACCACAAACGGUGAUAAUACUGAACAAAUGAAGUUGUCGUUGAACUGUGAAAUUGAUCCAAUAGACGACAAAAUGAAUGUCAAUGAAAACAGCGAAUAUAUAAUUGAUGGUAAACUCAAUGAAUUGAUUGCGAAGACAUUGACUGAGAUCAAAGUGUUACCAAAGACUGAAUGCGAGCGUAAACUCUAUGUAAGUCUGAGUGAAAAAGGCCGUCAAGUGAUGGCAUGUUUGAAGAACAGAUAUCCGAAGUUAUCAAUUGAAAUCAUCGGCGAUGCUAUGAAACGAACUGAAAAAUGUUACGAUUUCUCUGUUUUAAAUGUAGCGGAAAUUGUGGCCAAAGUUAACGAUAGUAUUGAUAGUCGAUUGGCAUCUAAUUUAAUGCCCGACGAUUGGAUCGAAUCGCUGCUCGAUAUAUGGUAUGAACGGAAUGGUACCGAUUGUACAAUUUGUAGCCAUCGAGUGACUUAUGAUCCAAAUGAUAGCCUUAAGACUUGUUGCGGUCAUUGGUUUCACAUUCAAUGUAUUGACGAGUAUUUGCGAUGUGAUGGACAACAAUUGAUUUGUCCUCAAUGUCAGCGAUUACUAUAA